AACCAAAACAGUUAUUUUAUCAAUUUAUAAUUCGCAGGGAAAAGCACAUAGACACACGCACAGUACUUUGAUAAAAUGUUGUGAAUUGAGAAGAUGAAAGACAAAGUCAACCUCGUCAGCAUUUGAACUCAAAAGAUAAAGCCGGACGUUAUAUUGCUAAACAUUUUGUCCGGCGUCAAGCGAUUCUGCCAGCUCAUCCUCUUUGCGAUAGCAAUAUAAUAAUAAAACAUGCACAAAAUCACUAAUUUGGAAUGGAUAGAUUUCUCAUAUUUAAUGUGAGGUCUUUGAAAAUGUGGGACCUAUACAAUAUAGUAUUGUAAAUUAGUAUUGUAAACAAAUUUAGUCUGACACUUGACCUACCAAAUUUCCUCACAUAUGAUACAAAAUAUGUCAAACUGCUUGUCUGUGUUCUGUCUGUUUAAUCAAGGCUGACUUGGAACUGACUAUAACACCAACAAAAAGUUAUUGUAAACAAGUUGAUAAAUGCUGGUAUUAAUAGAUUAGUAACCUAUUCCAGCUAAACUGAAAGUGUGAGAACAACAUGACUGAGAGUAAUAUACAGUGAAAUUAGUACUCAUGGACCUGGAAAAAAAAAAGCGACCUCGAUUAUAGGAAUAGUCUUUGCAAGCUAAGCUACUAACCUACUUAUUUUCGGUUAACUUAGAGCAUAAUUAUAUCAUGUUGUCUGCACAGAUUUGUGUAUAGGAAGUAAACCACACUCAUCCUAAAGAAAUCUGGGCUCUUAGCGAAAAUACAAAUACAUUAUUGCAGCAAUAACAUAGGAUUAUGGAUGUUUCAGCAUCGUAUUUUGUAGAAGCUAUUAAUAUACAAAGUCUUCUGCUUGGAUUAGUCACUUUAUUGCUCGUACGAUGGCUUAUAACUAGAUCGAAAUAUAAUUACAAUUUACCCCCGGGUCCAAUAGCUUUUCCAAUUAUUGGAAAUAUACCUCAGAUGGCUACAACCACAGAUAUCAAUUUAAAGAUGAAAGAUCUUCGAAAACAAUUUGGAGAUAUCUUCAGACUCAAAUUUGGUUCUGAAACCUUGGUGAUUGUAUGCAAAACAGAGUGGAUUUUAGAAGGAUUGGUAAAGAAAGGAGAUGAAUUGAAAGGAAGACCUUACUGGAUGUACCUACCGAAGAGAUUAAUCCAAAAGAAAGGGGUCUCCUUUAACACUGGAAAAGAAUGGAAGGACUUAAAAAAGUUUACUAUUUCAACACUCCGAGAUUUAGGAAUGGGCAAGAAAAAGCUAGAAGAUCAUAUAUAUUUGGAAACCCAGUCCUUAACCGAUGCUUUUCAAUCUCACAAUGGUAAACCGUUUUCUUUGAAAGACCCACUGGCACACUUCUCUUUGAGUAUUGUGUAUUAUAUAAUAUUUGAUGAAAGGAUCAGAUUUGGUGAACCUGAGUUUCAGGAAAUAGUUGAAAACUUAAGAUUUUUCUUCAACAAUAUAAAUGCAUUUAUGCCAGAGAAUUUCUUUCCAUUCCUGAGAUUUGUCCUAUGGAAUUCUCCCCUAGAGGAACUUAUCAAGAACAACAAAAAGAUCCGAAAUUAUAUAAAAGAGAAAAUCAGGGAACAUAAGGAAACCUACAAUGGUGACUACAUAAGAGAUUUUGUUGACGUCUACUUACUCACACUUGAGAAGGAACCAAACAAUGAAUCUUUAUCUGAAGAGAAUAUUUUCCAGGCGACUAUUGAUCUUAUUAUGGCUGGAACAGACACAACAGCUACCGUUCUUAACUGGGCUUUUGUCCAUAUGGCCAAAUAUCCUGACAUACAGGACAAAUGUCGAGCAGAAAUUGAACAGAUCACCGAUCUGAACAGACCUGUCACUAUGGAAGACAAACGACACCUGACAUACAUUGCAGCGACUCUACUUGAAGUCCAGAGAAUUGCUCCUGCUGUUCCACUCACUGUUCCACAUGCCGCUAUGGUUGACACAACACUAGGAGGAUAUGAUAUUCCAAAAAAUACCAUUGUUCAAUUCAUGUUAAUGGCUGCUCAUUAUGAUCCGAUGUAUUGGGAUAAGCCAGAGGAAUUCCGACCUGAAAGAUGGAUUGGCGAAAAUAAUGAGUUAAAUAAAAAUGAGGCUUAUAUGCCUUUCUCUUUGGGUCCCAGAAUAUGUGCGGGAAUAUCACUAGCCAAUAUUGAAACCUUCAUGGCAUUUUCAAAUAUCUUACAAAGAUUUAGAUUGGAAAGUCCUGACGAAACACCAAUGAUAAUGGAAGGCAAACAAUCAGGAAUUACUUAUGUUCCAGUAAAUGAUAAUAUCCGUGCAAUACCACUGUGAGAUAUAUUUGUCUUAUAUAUUUGAGGGCACCACUUCACAAUACACUGACGAUACAGUUGAAAGUAUAUCACUUUGAUGUAAAAAGAUAUCAAAUUUCUGUAAAAUACUGCUAUUUUGAAAAUGGUACAUCACAAAAUUACAUAAAUUUCAGUUCAUUAGUGAUAUUAUAUUGACCUACACGCUACUGUACAUAACAUGCGUGCAGUAAUAUCUACCCAUAAACUUCAUAAAAUUUAGAGGAUUGAAAUAGAUAAGACACUAACUAUUCCUAUGGUAGUUGCAAAGUUUAACUUUGUCAAUAAAGCUCCAGUACUGAAUUAUU